GGUCACACUGCUAUGACAAUUGCUCAAUGGGGCAAUUUUUGGGAGCUCCUAAUCAGACAAUUUUUGUGGGGGGCCUCAAUCGGACAUUUUUUGGAGGGCUCCUAAGAAAAUACGGGAGAAAUGUCGCGAACUGAUAUUGGACAAUGACAAACUUCGAAAAAUCAUGGAGGUUUUCUUAGACAAUGUGAACAAAGGAUUGAAGAAACAAACACACUCGGAAUCGAUUGUUAAAUGUUUCCCUACAUAUGUUCAAGAUCUUCCAAAUGGCACAGAAACCGGUAAAUUCUUGGCUCUAGACCUGGGUGGCACCAACUUCCGUGUCUUGCUGAUCGAGCUCAGCCACGAGCACUUCGAGAUGAAGUCGAAGAUCUUCGCCAUCCCUCAACACAUCAUGCUCGGCUCCGGCGAACAGCUGUUCGAUCACAUCGCAGAGUGUCUCGCCAUCUUCGUGAAGGAGGAAAAGGUUGCUGACCAGCGGUUGCCCUUGGGCUUCACCUUCAGCUUCCCCCUAUCUCAGAAGGGCCUGACGAUCGGCUACCUCGAGCGGUGGACGAAAGGGUUCAAUUGCUCGAAUGUGGUGGGUAAUGACGUGGUGCAAAUGUUGAACGAGGCCAUUGAUCGAAGGGGGGAUGUUGAAAUUGAGAUUUGUGCAAUUUUAAACGAUACUACGGGAACCCUAAUGUCAUGUGCUUGGAAAAAUCGCAGCACCAGGAUCGGGCUCAUUGUUGGCACUGGAAGUAAUACCUGUUAUGUAGAGAAACAAGAAAACGCUGAAACCUGGAAUGACGUUAAUAUGGGAUCUGGAAAUGUCCUCAUCAACUCUGAGUGGGGUGCAUUUGGAGAUGAUGGUGCUCUCGACUUUGUCAGGACUGAAUACGAUGAAGAUAUCGACAGGAAUUCUGUGAACCCUACCAAACAAAAACAUGAGAAGAUGAUUUCCGGCAUGUAUAUGGGCGAAUUGGUUAGAUUGGCACUCGAGAGAUUUACCAAAGAAGGUCUGCUGUUCGGAGGAAAGGGAUCGGAUAUGCUCUUCGAAAGAGGAAGAUUCUAUACCAAAUAUGUCUCGGAAAUCGAAAGCGACGCACCUGGCGUCUUCAACAAUCUCAGAGAAAUUUGCGAAGAAUUAGGACUCAAACAUGCCACAGAACAGGACUACAUCAAUAUUAGAUACAUAUGCGAAUGUAUUUCGCGAAGAUCGGCGCACUUAGUUUCUGCAGGAUUGGCGACACUCUUGAACAAAAUGGGAGAGAAGAAAGUGACGAUUGGAAUCGAUGGCUCAGUGUACAGGUUCCAUCCGCACUUCCACAAUUUGAUGAUGGAAAAAAUCAAGGAAUUAGCGGACCCCAGCAUAGAGUUUGAUCUGAUGUUAUCUGAAGAUGGCAGUGGAAGAGGGGCUGCGUUAGUGGCGGCUGUGGCAGCCAGGUUACAAAAAGAAAAGAAACCUGUCCGAACAUAACAAACGCUACUUAAUUAAUGAAGAGCUUAAUUUUGAUAUGUUAAAUUAUUUUUUUAGAGAACUUUUGGGUGUAACUCAUAGGUUUAAAUUCGGGUUCCUGUGUAGGCUGCGUUAGUAGAUAUUUUUUGCGAGGAACCUUUUUAUUAUAUCACUGUGUGACUAUCACCAAAUCAAUUUUGAAAUUUUAACUAAAAAAAUAUCCUCAAAUGAUAAUUCCAGAAAAUACAAUAUUUUUAUAGCAUGAUGAACUAUUUAUUGUUAGUAUAAUUUAAUUGAUUCAUUUCGAUAUUAUUUUAUCUGUAGAACGUUGUUCAUUGCUUCAGUUCAGAUCUUGAGUGGUUAUUUUAACAAAAUGAAUUUGUCUACUUGUAUACCACCUUCUUCUACCUACUUAAAAUUCUUGUGAUUUUGAAAAAAUUGUUAUCUACUUAUAGAGACCAUUUUGAUGUUUGUACAUAUUUUUUAUCAUUGGUAUAUUUUUAAUGAUUGGUACUUAACACCGAGACGUUGUUUUGAUGUGAAGGCAAUGAUUUAUUUACACAUUUAUUAUUGUGAAAAAUAAAUGUCUUUUACCCACUUAAACACUGUUUGAUUUGGGGAAUAAUAUAACCUCC